AGUUUGGUGUCUGCUAUGAACAGCUGCUGUCAAAGCCAGAAAUGUCAACAGAAGGUGUGUGCACUCCAGCGCAGGUGGUUGUGGGGAGUGACGGUUCGUAGCUGCUGUCAGAACUGUGCUAAUACAGUUUCAGAAUGUUGGACAUCGGCAAAUGCAAGCAGGAACUGACAAAAUAUGGACAGCAGCACCUGUUGCGGUUUUGGGAAGAACUGUCUGAAGAGGAGAGAGCAGAGUUACUGCUGGAUUUACAAGAAGUCAACGUGGCAGAAGUUACUUCGUAUUUCAGAAGAGCUGUGGAGUCCCUCACUGAAGAUCAAGCAAAACUGGAUGAUCGCAUGAAGCCUAUCCCAGCAGAAUUUUAUGGUGGUGUCAUCAGAUCAGAAGCAGAAGACCUAAGAUUUUACGAAGAUGAAGGUUUGAGGCAGAUUUCUGCAGGCAAAGUGGGUGUGUUGCUUCUGGCAGGUGGUCAGGGUACAAGACUUGGAGUAUCAUAUCCUAAAGGUAUGUAUGAUGUUGGCCUACCUUCUCAUAAGUCUCUGUAUCAGGUUCAGGCAGAAAGAAUUCUGAGGCUGCAGGAGCUUGCUUGUGAACGAACAGGAGUUUACAAUCAUAUAACAUGGUAUAUCAUGACCAGUGAAGCAACUAUGUGCCCCACACAGGAAUACUUUGCAAACCACAACUAUUUUGGUCUUAAAAAAGAAAAUAUUGUUAUGUUUGAGCAGGGGUUACUUCCAUGCUUCACAUUUGAUGGAAAAAUAAUCAUGGAUAGAAAGUAUAAGCUGUCAAGAGCACCAGAUGGGAAUGGAGGACUGUAUCGAGCUUUGCGGGACCGUAAAGUGCUGGAUGAUAUUGAGAGACGGGGUAUUAGUUAUCUUCAUGCAUACAGUGUCGAUAACAUUUUGGUUAAAGUAGCUGACCCAGUUUUCAUUGGUUAUUGUAUAAGCAAGAAUGCAGAGUGUGGAGCAAAAGUAGUAGAAAAAUCUUUUCCAGAAGAACCUGUAGGUGUUGUUUGUCAGGUGGAUGGCCGGUAUCAAGUUGUUGAAUACAGUGAAAUUACAUUAAAAACAGCAGAGCAGAGUGAUAUAGAUGGGAGAUUAACAUUCAGAGCUGGUAAUAUUUGCAAUCACUUUUUCACAACAGAGUUUCUUCAGAAGAUUGCAAAUAAGCAUGAAAAUAAUUUGAAGCUACAUGUUGCCAGGAAAAAGAUCCCUUAUGUUGAUGCACAAGGUAACAUUUGUAAACCAGAGAAACCCAAUGGUAUAAAAAUGGAAAAAUUUGUUUUUGACGUCUUUCAGUUUGCGGACAAUUUUGUUACAUGGGAAGUGAAGCGAAAUGAGGAAUUCAGUGCCCUUAAAAAUGCCGAUACUGCUGAAAAAGACACACCCACAACUGCCCGUAAUGAUCUGUAUUCACUUCAUUACCAGUAUUUGACUAAGGCUGGUGGAAAGAUUGUAACAGACAAGGGAUCAUCUGUGAUUUGUGAGAUUUCACCGUUGUUGACAUAUGCUGGCGAAGGUCUUGAAGAAAUUGUUAGUAAUAAGACAUUUAAAUCGCCAGUUGUUUUGUUGCAUCCUAGUGAACAAAGCCCAAAUGGUAACGUAUAUGAUCAAUGAUGUUUAUAUUUGUGCACAAAGAUUAUAUUUUGCUGUCAGUUCCUAUGCACUUUAAGGUGAAAUAUAUGUUGCAGCCACAGGUUAAACUGUGUGUUCCUGUGUUAAUAUUGUAGUUAUAAAAUGCCUAUGUGCAAUAAAGUGUGCUGGUGGUGGUCAAAUUGUGAGGGAGUAUGCUAAAAUUCCUGUGUGGUAACAGUUCUCUUGAUGCUAACUUCAAAGAGUAAAUGGUAGUGAAAGAAACUGGUACCACUUUUACAGUGUAGCAUAUUUGCACAAUCAUGUCACAUCUCAUAUUAAUGUUUAAACAGGAAACAUUUCUUUCCUCUUUGACUUUAAUAGGAGGCUUUUUUAAGAAAAGAAAAAAAAUAGUAAUGGGGCCUGCAUACAUUUGGUGCUGGAAUUUAUAUUCUUAGUUGAUAAGUUAGCAUACUGAGCUCUGUCUUUAUAUGUGAGUGAGCAAGUGAUAUUUGAUGUUAGUUCCAUCAUGUACAGUAAAUGCAACAAAAUAACUACACACUUUGCCUCAUGAAGAGUUACCAGUAUUUAUUGAGAGAUCUGUUGCAUAAAGUAACUGAUAUUCUGAAUGCUUUGUUCAAAUGACCAAAUGCACAAUUCUGUUUAAAUGUAAUCAUGAAAUGUCAGGAAUCACUGCCUUACGUAUGGUACUUUAGCCCAUUAUACAUAGAAGAAAAUUGACUUUAUGCUUUCAUUAUUACUUAAACAGUUAAGUAAGGUGUUGAUAUUGUUCAAUUCUGUAAUUAACUGAUUUAUCAAACUGUUGUAAAUGUACAGUUACUGUUACUCGGGUGUGAAUUAUGUGGUACACCCAUAUUAAUUUUUUCCAAGCAGUUUUUGCACCUUAAAAACAAAUGUGUAGUCGUGCAAUCGCUGCUUAUAUGAAUAACAUAUGGCUGUAUGUUAUGUGCCACUUACUUUCUUUAUUUCAGUAUUUGAAACAAACAGAAAAAGACAUUUGGAGCUCUGUUUGUGUUUUAUUCCCUUGUUUCUGUUAACUGCUUUAUGUUCCUCUAACAAAGUUAUGUAAACCUUAAAACAAGCAUUUAAUCAUUUAACUUACACUAAAGUUUUGAUUAUACUAAAACUCUUAUAAUUAUUGCUUUCAUUCUGCAUAGCAGAAGUUUUUGCAUUCCAUGUAAAUAACAACAAUCUAAAUAUUAUGGGUCCAAUUUGUUAAACUGCAGAGAAGUUUUGUCUAAUGAAAUUAAGCACUUACAAUUUUGAAUAUACGAAAUUGUAUAAACUCUAGAUGCUACAGCAAAAUCCAAGUAGGUGUUCUACUAGACAUUCAGGGAACUUCCAUACAGAGAGGAUCAGACAUGAACAUCUGACUACCACGAAGUCAGUGUCCAGUUGCACAUAAUGUGAAAGUGUUAUGUAAACUGUUGCUAUACUCUAUUUUUUAAAAGAAAGGUGCAGUAUUAAAAUGUUUCUUUAUAGACUGGCCAGAUUUAAUAUAAUGUAUUGAUAUUUUUUUGUGUGAUGUGACACUGUACUUUCUAAUUUGGAACUGAAAUGACACCAGUAUUAUGAACUGGCUCAGACCUUAAAUCUGGGUUGUGUAGUGAUGUAAUGUGCAAUAACAUCUCAGAUCUUGCAGGCAGCUUGAGUAGUUAAGAAAUAUUAUUUGUUGCAUGGAAGUCCAAUAUAUACUAUAUUUGUCAGUUUUAUGGCAAAAUUUUGUGAUGGCUGUACAAUUGGAUUUUUUGUUUAAAUGUUUUAUUAAUUUAAUGAAAAUGUAAUAGCACAUGAAGAAUGGAAUCCAAUAUUCAUAAGUCAUUUUUCUUAUGACAUUUCUAUAGUGGUUUAUUUCUUCAUGUCAUUUUUUAUGGAAUGAAAUUUUUAUUGUCAAUUACAUAUAUGUAUAUAUAAUGUAUGUAACAUUUUGUUUUAAGAAUACAUUUUAUUUCACAGCA